GGGACUCUUAGAAGGUGAAAGCCGGAGAGGAGAUUCAAUCUCCAGAGUCGGUGCGUAUUGAUGGAUCAGGUCCUGAACAAGGUGGGAACCUACUGGUUUAGCAAGAAAGCCAGCAAGGAGAUCGACUCAGUCGGCGAUGAUCUCAACUCACUGUCAAGCAGCAUCGAAGGCGGAGCCAAAUGGUUGGUUAAUAAAAUCAAAGGGAAAAUGCAAAAGCCAUUGCCAGACCUGUUGCGGGAGUAUGACAUGGCAACAGGAAUUUUCCCUCGUGAUGCCACUAACUACGAGUUUAAUGAAGAGACAGGGAAGUUAACUGUGUAUGUACCCUCUGUGUGCGAGGUUGGGUACAAGGACUCAUCGGUGCUGCGCUUCACCACCUCUGUGACUGGGUACCUGGAGAAAGGGAAACUGGUUGAUAUCGAGGGGAUGAAGACGAAGGUGAUGAUUUGGGUAAAAGUGACUACCAUUACAACUGAAGGUUCCAAGAUUUGUUUCACUGCUGGAAUGAAGAAAUCUAGGAGUAGAGAAGCUUAUGAGGUUCUCAGAGAUGGAGUGAUCGUGGACAAGUUUUAAAUAUUUGGGAAUUCUCAUGGAUUCUGCCUCUCUGCUAUGCUCGGUCUAUUGUUACUUCCAUUCAGUCUGUAAUUACAAAUACCGUCUUUAUUUGACAUCAUCAUUGUUUCUUUCUGUUAUCUUCCAUAUGUAAGCUUGUUGGUUUCCUUGACAUAACUUGAAAGGCAAUUCAACUUGAAA